AUGAAAAUGAACCGUGAGAACCAAGUGCAAACCAAAUUGGAUUUGACUUACAAAGUAGACGUUGCGGGCUCACCAAUGAAGCUAACUGGCGUUGACGGCCUGCCGUCGAAACGUGAACGUCGCUUAAUUGCAAAACAGCGCAGAGUGCAUAAAACGUCAGAAUUGAAGAAAUUUCUCAGCCAGCGUGGUUCGCAGUCAAGUCCGAUUUUUUGCGUGAUCGCACCACUGACUAGUGCCGUACCGAUUCAUUUGGCCCAGCUGUUGUUACGCAGCUGUGAUCCGGAUGCAGUUAAUGUUCGUGAACCAAGCGCUUCUUUGCAACAAACCACGUGCUUUCAUUCACCAUUACUUGGCAAGUACAUUUCCCUGGUCACAACCUCGUCUGAUGAUAUUUUCGGUACUUUGGACUUGAUUCAGCUUGCCGACUGGUUGAUUCUCGUUGUGCCCAGCGAUUGUUCUGAUUUAGAUGAAUCAGCUGAACGGCUCAUGACUGCGUUAUAUGCCCAGGGUCUGGGUAACACCUCAUUUGCCGUUCUCUCAUCCAGCUGUAACUUGAAAGAUCUACGCGACAGCAUCGAGACGAGAUUCUCCAUUCCUGAAGACGAAAUACAUCCAUUAAACAAUGCAACACAAGCACUUGCACUGCUUCGGCAUAUUUGUACGUCACAUGUGCUGGCUGCAAGUGGCAAGCUGUCAAAAUCUGUGGAAAGCAUGGCCACAAUGUCUUCUCACUCGUCGGCCCGAUUUCGUGCUGGUCUGUUGGCUGAUUCGAUCAGUCUAUCAGGAUCAUUCAUUUUCAAUGGGGCCUUUUAUCAACAAGAUGGAUAUCUGCUCCGUACCAAAAUGCCUGUCCCAACCUAUGUGGUUGACACAGUUCCAACACAGUUGCAUAUGGAACUUGGUCGUGCCGGUCUAAAGGCAUUGGGAGGUGCUGCUUGUGUGAUUGUUGUGUGA